CCCCCUCGGCGGCUCCUGCCUAGCGGCGGGCGGAGCCGCAGCCUCCCCCGGCUGCCGCGCAGGGCUCCGCGGCGGGGCCGGCUCUCCGCUCCCCGCCGGGCGCGGGGCCGGGGGGGUUCCGCCUCGGGGCAGCUUCGCCCCCGCUGGCGCCGGGCUUCCCCCUGCCGCUGCCGCGUGUUGCCGGGACCCCCGCGGCAGAGCCCUUCCUCCUCCCUCGCCCCCGUGCCCCGCCUGCCCCGGCCCCAGCGCGUCCUCCCGCCCUGCCCCGGCAGCCUCGGCGCUGGCAGCGGCUCUUCCGGCCCGGCCCGGAGCGCUGCGGGGGGAGCUUGGCCCGGCCCGGCCCGGCCCGGCCCGCGGGCUCCGGGCGCCGCUGCCCUCCCCGCCUGCGCCCUCCGCGCUGCCCCCGCCGCAAGGCUGGGCCCUGGGGCGCUGAUGCUGCACCAUCGCCCUCUCCUCGGUCGCCUUUUAAUCCCACGUGCCUCGUCUCAUGAGGAAGCGGCUUCGCACCCUGCGCUGCCGAGCUCCGGCUCGGCUCCUCAGUGCCCUGCAGCCCCCGCCGUGCCUGCUCGGCUGGUACCGCGCCGGGAGUCACCGCUCGGCGUUUCUUAUUGAGGACAGUCAAGUGUUUUAUUUGUAGUAGUAAACUCAGUCUCUAUUAGAACACUGAAAUUGCUGCGAAAAUGAUGUUUAUGCAGAUUCCGGCUUUUAUGGAAACACCUGUUAGGAAAAGGGCCGAGACAAUUGAGCAGCUGUCAAAAAAUAAUGGGAGCCUCUCCGCAGCAGUCUGCACAAGUGAGGCAGUGUGUGCCCCGCUCGCUUCAACUUGCUCCUUCAGGCAAUUAUCCUGCAGAAUUUAUCCCCGACGGUGGCUGCCCUCGGGCACAGGAUAGUACUCUGAAGUAUGUGUCUCAGAGGAUUUCACUGUGCUGAAUGCUGUUUUGUUCGCUAUGUGAAGAUACAAGCCAUCUAAAAGCCUUUUCCACUUCAGUGCUUUAUAACCCAGCCUCUAUAAAUUUUGGUACAUGGGAAGACAAUCUGGAAACAGCGGUGAAUUGCUUCCCUUGGCUAUGACUUUUAUUUAUUGUUCCUCUUGAAAGAAGGAUUUUAUUAACUUUUAUUUGAAGACAGACUCAAAUUGGUGCUUUCAGCUUGAAGAUCUGAAGGCAGUGGUUCUGCUGACACAAGGGUGGCAGCUCUGAGCCCUAUUCCACCAGCGGCUUCCUAUCCUACCCUGUGCCUUAAACAUGGAAACUGUAGACAUGAAUAGUGUAUCCUUGAAACGUCCUCGCUCUGAGGAAGAUGUGGCCAAUGCAGAUGAAAUUAAAAGGCAGAAGAUCUUGGAGAAGUCUAAGGCAGGGAACGACUCUGGGCAGAGUAUUGAGAAUGUAACAGAGCAACCCGAGGACAGGAAAAGUGAAAUGAUCCCCAAUGAGGAAAGUGAGGAGCAGGAAGAGGAGGAACUAGAGGAUAGUGAUGAAGAUGGAGAUGCAGAGAGCUUUGCAGACAUGAUGAAGCAUGGACUGACAGAAAGCGAUGUUGGCAUAACUAAAUUUGUAAGCUCUCACAAAGGGUUUUCUGGAAUCUUAAAAGAGAGAUACUCAGACUUUGUUGUCCAUGAAAUAGGCAAAGAUGGACGUGUGAGCCAUUUAGAUGACUUUUCUGUUCCAGUGGAUGAUGAGGACCCAUCAGAAGAAACAUUUACAGUUUUGUCAGACGAAGACAAGCAGCGUUUAGAGGAGCUCCAGCUUUUUAAGAAUAAGGAAACUAGUGUUGCCAUAGAGGUAAUUGAAGACACCAAAGAAAAAAGAACCAUCAUCCAUCAAGCUGUGAAGUCCUUGUUUCCAGGACUAGAGACUAAAACAGAAGAUAGAGAUGGAAAGAAAUACAUUAUUGCUUAUCAUGCUGCUGGGAAAAAAGCAUUGGCAAAGGUCAGAACUGCAACAGAUCCAAGAAAGCACUCUUGGCCAAAAUCUAGGGGAAGCUACUGCCAUUUUGUACUGUACAAGGAGAACAAGGACACUAUGGAUGCCAUCAAUGUCCUGUCCAAAUUUUUAAGAGUGAAGCCAAACAUAUUUUCCUACAUGGGAACUAAAGAUAAAAGGGCUAUAACAGUUCAAGAGAUCGCUGUUCUCAGAAUCACUGCACAAAGACUUGCUCAUUUGAAUAAAUGUUUGAUGAACUUCAAAUUAGGAAAUUUCAGUUACAAGAACCAUCCACUGAAACUGGGAGAACUGCAAGGGAACCAUUUCACUGUUGUUCUCAGAAACAUAACAGGAACUGAUGAGCAGAUAGAGCAAGCAAUGCAUUCACUCAGGGAAAUUGGAUUCAUUAAUUACUAUGGAAUGCAAAGAUUUGGAACCACAGCUGUUCCUACUUAUCAAAUUGGCAGAGCUAUUCUACAGAACAACUGGAAUGAAGUAAUGGAUUUGAUAUUAAAACCACGACCAGGAGCUGAAAAGGGAUACUUAGUCAAAUGCAGAGAAGAAUGGGCAAAGACUAAAGAUCCAGCAGCAGCCCUCAAGAAACUACCUGUAAAAAGGUGCGUGGAAGGACAGCUUCUACGUGGACUCUUAAAGUAUGGAAUGAAGAACAUAAUCUCUGCAUUUGGCAUAAUACCAAGAAAUAAUCGUUUAAUGUAUAUUCAUAGCUACCAGAGUUAUGUGUGGAAUAAUAUGGUGAGCAAGAGAAUAGAAGAAUAUGGCCUUAGAGCUGUACCAGGAGAUCUCAUACUUAAAGGAGCCACAGCUGUUCACAUUGAAGAAGGAGAUGUUGAUAACUACACUAUCCACGAUGUAGUGAUGCCAUUGCCUGGAUUUGAUGUUAUUUAUCCAAAGCAUAAAAUUGGUGAGGCCUACAAGGAGAUGCUGGUAGCUGACAACCUUGAUAUCAACAACAUGAGGCAUAAAAUCAGAGAUUACUCACUUUCUGGAGCAUACAGAAAAAUUAUCAUUCGGCCUCAGAAUGUCAAUUGGGAAGUUGUUGCAUAUGAUGAUCCUAAAAUCCCAUUAUUUACUACGGAUCUGGAUAAACUGGAAGGAAAACCAUUACCAGUUCUCCCUACAGAUGGCAAAUUCAGGGCAUUAAAGAUGGAGUUCUCCCUUCCCCCAUCCACUUAUGCUACCAUGGCGAUUCGAGAAGUUUUGAAAAUGGACACAAGCAUAAAAAACCAGACACAACUGAAUACUACCUGGUUGCGCUGAAUGAACUGCAGAAUGACUUAAUUUUAACAAAGUGUUUUCUUAUUUACAUGUUCUGUACAAAUCUUUAAAGAGUCACAGUAAGAGAUUUGUAUUUUUUUAAGUUUUUUUAGUGCUAGCAUUUAACUUCAGUAGUCCUUUGCAAGAUGGUGACUGUAAUAUAAUACAGAUUUUAGUGACUGGUGCUUUUUACUGAAUGAGUAAGUUACUUGAGCUGUAACAUGGGUGCGUCUUUAGAAUUGUGCUUAUAAUGGCAUGGGACCUGGAAGAAUGUUUAGCUUGCCUUCUUUGGGCAAGCACUGAAUGUUUUCACGAGUUCAGCCACCCUUGAACUCUUUUCAAAUACAAUGAACUACAUGAGGAAAGAUGAAUUACAACAAAAUUAAGAUACUGAUGAACAUAUGUAUGGCUGCAGUCUUGCUGGUAGCAUUUGCACUGAUGCGGUAGCAGAUUCUGUUAGCAAGGCUUUUGUGUGCUGUAAAGCUGUACAGCUCUUUAAAUAUUUCCACUUUUCAUUAAGAAAAUACUCGUAUUUUCCAGCUACUAAAUACCUGUACCAAAGAACAGGUACUUAGAAUAAACUAACCUGAAACUCUGA